AUGAGUACUAAACAGAAGCUUAACCGAUUUCUGAAAGCCUUGGACGCUGCCAAACAAGAUUACACCUGUGGUUAUUGUAAAGAAAUGUGUGUAAAUCCAGCGGUUCUAAGUUCCUGUUUUCAUAUUAUUUGUUCAGAACACUUUCCAAGUCUAAAACUAUGUCCGACUUGUGGAAUACCUUUGCUUAACUGUUCUCUAUACGUUGACGAAACAUUGGAAAACUGCAUUCAGUCUACUAAGCAACUUGAUAAUAUGUUUCAAGCUAUCAAAUCUGGUUCUAGCCAGUCAAAUACAAGACAGUCGAAAGAAAAUGUGUCGAGAAGCGAAAUUUCCGAAGAAAAUGAAGAAAACAAAACCAACAAGGAAGAAGUUCGCAAAAAUGUGUCCCAACAAAAUUCUAGAACCGAUGUCAAUAUGUCAUUAUGUCAUUAUUAUCUACGGUUAGUUCUAGUAAAGGAAAGGAAAAAAAGAACACCAAAGGUGAGACCUGCCUCCAUGUAG